AUGGGCUCAACACAAUUUGGAAAUUUCCAUCAUUUCUGCCGUGACUCGACGUUACCAGUCUGCAACCUAUUCAAUCCUCCUAGAAACAACAACUUCGGAUAUGGGGGCUGCGAGCUUACCGGUAUAUCAUUGGGUGGUAGAAAAUAUUUGGGAAACUUGGGCUCAAUAUUAAUUGCAGGAAUCGCAAUUGUCAUUACUGCAUUCUUGAUAUGGCGGUCGGACCGAAAGCAGGCAGCAGUGGGAAGAAGAGAAAUGCAACUUUUCCUCUUAGGUUAUCUGAUUAUAGAAAUAUGUGAAAUAUUUACUGUGGGAGAGUUUCCUCUGAGCGCAACUGUUCGGAUAGCAUUCACGGGUAUCCACCUCGGAAUGAUUAGCGCGACAUUAUGGAUUCUAAUGUUGAAUGCUGUCGUGGGCUAUCAGAUAAUCGAUGACGGGACAGCCAUGUCACUAGGCCUUAUGGUUGCUUCAGCAGCAGCUAUCUUCAUCGGAACUGGAUACAUCGCCCUUGAUACUGGGUACAGCUGGACAGGACAUUUCGACUCAAGUUUAGUUGGCCAUGGCAACGGCGAGGCUCGAAAUAUCGCGCUCUACGUCCUAUAUCAACUCGCGCCAUUGGUGUUUCUGUUCGUAUUUUUCGUCCUAGAAACAGUUUUGGUCAUCAAAGUUUUGGGCGAGCGUAAGCCCAUGAUCUUUUUAGUUGGUGCAGCUGUUCUAUUCGCUCUGGGCCAGAUCUUCAACUAUGUUAUCAGCACUCAUAUUUGCAACGGCACGAACGGAAAAAUCGAUGGAGCUCUUUUCGAGACGCUCUUUACUCUACUAUCUGUGGUCAUGGUAUGGACCUUUUGGUCAAGUAUCACAGAAGAUGAUUGGCCAAUGCCAGUCACAAACACAUACUCAUGA